CAUAUAUUUUACUAUGUAUGACCUUUUUGCAUGAUCCUAAGCAAUAUUAAUAUAUUUAUAUGCGACUGCUACUCGUGGUGCUGGUAAGUUCCAAAAAGAUUUCUUUCUAAUGGUGCGCUUUAAAUUGCUCUAGUUUAAUAACAACAACAACAACAACACCUUUAAUUGUGCUUUCCAACAUCGUGUGUAGUGGUCUGCGAAAUUGACAAUUGUAAAUGAAGAUUGUAAUGCACCAUUUAUAAUGUUGCAAUAUAUUUUGAUUAGACCAAGCCAAUAACCAAGUGGAGAAAUUGUGUAAUAAUUGAAAAUAAUAAUUAUGAAAAUUUAUUGGAAAUUAUCUAUUCUUUCAUAAAUACUAAUGAUAAUAUAUAUAUAUAUAUAUAUAUAUCUAAUCAUUUAUUACUAUUAAUAGUCUUGAACAGUAUUUUAAUAAUAUAUAAUAGUUAAAUAAUUGAUGAAAAUUAUACUUAACCUAUUGGGUCUUAAAAUCCAGUUAUACUUUUAAUAAUUUCUUGUUCAAAAAUUGACUCCAUGGCCUUGUAAUGACUAAAUUCUAUCGAAAAUGUUGAAUUACCAGAUGUUAUACUUCUUAAACUCAUAGAAUAUCCAAGCAAAUUUGACAACGGUGCAUAAGCAGUAAUAAUCUGCAUGAAAAUUGCAUUAAUAUUAAUUUGUACUGACUAACGUCAUCUAUUAAUAUCUAUGUAUAAAUAUUGUUAUUAACCUUAUUUUGUCCACGCAUGUCAACAUUUUGUAUUUCACAUCUCCGUUGAUUAAGAUCAGCAAGAACGGCCGAUGAAUAAUCAUUCAUAGUAACAAUUUCUAAAUUCAUAAUCGGUUCCAAUAUUAUACUCGUGCCUUUUUGCAUCAGCUAAAAAAGAAAAGAAAAUGUCAAUUUUAAACAACAUAUAGUUCGAUUCAUAAUUUUUCUUUUUUUUUUUUUACUUACACGAACUUCGAUAAUAUGACACUAUGAUAAUGAAUUAUUAAAUCCUAUUGAUAUUGAUCUCACGAAUAUAAUGAAAAAAUAAAUACAAGUUAUAAAUCAAAUUACAAAUUACGAUUCUAUACAAUAAUACGUCAAUUAUGGACGUGUCUUUACAAAAGAGUUUUUUUAAAUCAAUGAAGAGAGAGGGAGAGAGAGUUUACAUCCAUUGAUCGAUGAAUUAUUUUAUAAACACAAAAUAUAAAUAGAAUUGCAUUUUUUAACGUUAGAUAUGCAUUCUACGAUUAAUACGAAUGAGGAAAGAAACAACUGAAGGAAACAUUGCAAAUUUUUAAGUGUAAAGCUCGUCGUUUACAAAUAGUUCCGCCUAAUGAACGCGUUCUAUUUAAUUAAAAAUUAUUUGGACUCGUAUAAAUAAGAAAUGGUAAAGAAACUUCAAUGGUUGCUGCGUACUUGUCUCUUCUUUGCAGUAUCAAUGAAAAACCAUUAGAAUAUUGGGGUAAACAUCAAUCGCAGACAGGAUGCAUUCGUAAGAUCUUAGAUAGCGAUUUACUCGACAAUGUUAUAGAAAUUCAGGAUAUUCAACAAUCGAACAUUUCAAAAACAUUAAUAUCCUGUCCACCUAAUAUAACCCAACUUUUGAACGUUGGAUUACCCGUUCUUGUUAUUAUAUUAAAAAAUUUCGACGCGGAUUGUCGUUUUCAAAUUCAGGUUAUAGAUACGAAUAAUAUACGUCAUCAUUUUCAAUUUUAUACCGGUGAUCUGGAAAAAAGUCGAAACGUCAGAGAUCCUGUUAUUUGUCGUGCUAAGAUUCAACUUCAAUCUGGUUGGAAUAAAAUAGAAUUAAAUUUGAAAACAUUAACAGACAUUGCAUUUAAGUCACAGUAUAUAGCAACGCAGAGAUUAGAAAUCUGUGCCAAUUGUCGAUUACGUAGGAUAUAUUUUGUAGAUAGGCAUUAUAAUGAUUCUGAAAUUUCAUUGGAUUUAUAUCAAGGAUUUCUUGAUCUAUACAUGUUAAAAUGGGGUAUAUAUCGAAUAGAGAAUGCAACGCAAACUACAAACUUAAAACAGAAAAAAACAAAUCUUAAGAAUAACAAUAAUAGUAAUAAUAAUUACAAAGAAUAUCAAAACCUUUUAAAUGCGGAUAACAUUGCUAAUUCUAAUGAGUUAUAUUAUAAUAACAAAAUAAGUAAUUCAUUCGUACAGACCCAAACCGAUGACCGUCCAAAAGAUGUUAAUUCCAAGUUAAUAAAUAAUAUAAGAAUGAAAUCAAAUAGUUUAAUAGAUGAAUUUUUUAGCAGGCAACGUCCAACUUCAUUAUCCGUUGCUAAUUUCAAAGAUCAAAUAAUAAUAAAAUCAUAUGUUGUACCGAUGCAUAUUAAUAAAUCACAAAAAAAAGACAAAUGGAAUGAUAUUAAAUUGUCUAAUUGGAAUAAAUUAAUAGAAGAAAGCAAAGAUACAUCUAAUAUCCCAAUAUCUCUAGACAUGCAAAAAGAAUAUAAUGAAACAUUUAAUAAUCAGCAACAAAAAUAUAUUUUAAAGUCUAAUAACUUGGAUGAAAAAUGGACGUAUAGGUAUCUUUAUGAGGGAAAGCAUUAUUUAAAAACUAAUGAUAUAACAGAAAACGAUACGUCAGACGUUCAAAGUAUUUCUUAUAAGAACAAUUCUAAUUUUAUAUUUCCAAUAUCACAAAAAAUCAACAAUAAUGUAAUGAAAAUCACUGAUGUUCAAAAGAAUGUUCAAAAGAAAAGAAAAGACUAAAGUAUCAUUGAUUUUGCAAUAAAAUUAUCAAAAAAUUCAUACUCACUUGUUUGAUACAUUGUGUAACAGCAGCAGAAACUAUAGUAUCUGAUGUACCCUUUCUUAUCUCUAACCAAUGGAGCUUAAUUCCGGUGUCUAUAACUGGAGAAUUUAAUUUUGGACCACUUUUAAGGGCAAGUUUUAUGCCCUUUUUUAUGGCAGCCAUCAUCUUUGGUUGUAUAUCGUCGAUAUUAGAAGCAGAUUCUUUCGUAUGAUCAAAUUGUAAAAUUUCUUUUUGCUUGUAAUUUGGUAUUAAGGACAAAGUUAUGGUAACACUAUGAAAAGUUUUGCCUAUUUUGUACUCAUUAGAGAAUGUGUCUUUGAUCAUUUCUGUUAUAGCUUCCUUAUAAGCUAUUUGCAAAGGACCUAGAUCGGCAUCAAUUUUAUAUUCCGUUCUAAUUCUUUCUUUAAUAAUUUCAAUGUGCAAUUCUCCCAUUCCAGCUAACACCGUUUGACCAGUCUCUUCGUCUUGUUUUAUUCUUAAGCUAGGAUCUUCUCUUCCAAGUUCUUGCAAUGCAAUUUCUAAAGCUACCUGUUUCGAUAGAGAAGGUGGUUCUAUAGAACAAAAGAAGACAGGAUCUGGUAUAUUAGUACCAGAUGUAAAAAUAUUAUUUAAUUUUCUUUCGGCCAAUUCAGUAGAUUUAUAUUCGUUCAGAUUUCUUUGGGCAUGUUUCAUUACUGAUGCGCUAUUAGUUAUUAAAUCACCGGUAACAGUAGUUUGUAAUCCAGCAACUGCUGCAAUAUUACCAUUAUUAAUUGCAUUAAUUUCUUUAUAGUCAUCAGCACAGGCAAUAUAUAAACGACUAAUUUGUUCUACCUUUUCUUUUUGAACGUUAUAUAUUUUUUCACCUUUCUUCAUAGUACCAGUAUAAAUUCUAAAAAAAGUGAUAGGUCCUCUUUGUUUAUCAUGUACAAUUUUAAAAACACGCGCGGAUAAAUUAUUGUUGAAACAACGAUAGUCAUUUCUGUAUUCAUUUGGAAAUGGCAAAUAUAAUACAAUACUAUCCAUUAAAGGUUGUACACCAAUGUUUUUAUAAGAACUACCUAUAAGAACUGGCACACCAUUUCUUGAUAAUGUAAUUUUUCUUAAGGAUUCGCAUAUUGCCUGAUCAGUUACUUUAUCGAGUGAUUCUUCUUCUAUUAUUACUUCGGCUAAUUUGUCAUCCAAAUUUGAUAACUUAUCUAGCAACAUUUCACGUUUUUCAUUCGCUAUAUUCCAUAAAUCAUUGUCAUCGUUUUGCGUUAAUUUUUUUCUUAUGAAAUCUAAUCCUUGACUCUUCUUAUUAAAUAUUAUUUUCUCUAAGCUUACAAUGUCUAUUAUACCUUCAAAAACGUCUCCCUUUUUUAUAGGAUAUUGUAUUGGCAAUGCAUUGGUAUUUAAUUUUAAUUCUAUGGAUUUUAAACUUUUUUCAAAAUCUGCAUCCGGGCGAUCCAUUUUAUUAACAUAAAUGAUUUUGGGUAUCUCGUAUUUAUCUGCCUGUCUGUAAACUGUUAAUGUCUGUGCUUCCACACCAGCUGAUCCAUCUAAUAUAAUCACCACACCAUCCAUAACACGUAAUGCCUGUUCCACUUCCAUAGUAAAAUCAAUGUGUCCUGGUGUAUCAAUUAAAUUAAAACGAUACUUUUUCCAAUUAAAUGUUACGGCUGCAGAAGUUAUUGUUAUACCACGUUGACGUUCUUGUUCCAUAUAAUCUGUCACCGUAUUCCCAUGAUGUACUUCUCCCAUAUUUUUAAUAAGUCCAGAGUAAAAUAACAUUCGUUCGGUUGUUGUCGUUUUACCUACAUAACAAAAUAACAUACAAAUAAGUUUUUAUUUGUUAUAUUUAAUAGAAUAUAAAAAAAAUAAAAAAAUAAAAGAAGUAUAUUAACCGGCAUCGAUGUGUGCCAAUA